AUGGUGGAAGCUGAGUUUUAUGGGAAUAGUUCUGUCAAGAAGCCAUUUUCAUCAUUGGAAACAUUGAGAUUUGAGAACAUGCCAUCAUGGGAGCAAUGGCAUUCAAUGCAAACUGAAGAGGCAGCGACAUAUGGGAAGCUCAAAACACUUGAAAUUUUUAAUUGUCCGAAGCUUGUUGGAGAUUUGCCUCGCUUCUUUCCUUCAUUAGCGGAUAUUAGAAUUGAAGGAGACAAGAAAUGUGAAUUAUUAAGUCUCCCAAGAUCAUGUAUCAGGAAAAUGAGUAGUCAUCACCUAGCGAAUUUGGUAAUGGAUGUUUCUUCCACUCUCCCUCCACUCUACCCUCCUCUUCAGAAGCUUCAAUUGUUGUCUUGUGGAUCAUCGUUUAGAUCCCUCAAUAUGGAUUUAUUCCCCAAUCUCAAAACUCUUUCAAUUGGUAACAACCACUAUUUUGAAGCUCUUUCAAUGUCUGAUGGGAAAUCUCUUGAGGAACUAACAUAUUUACAUAUCGAGCAUUGUGGUAGUUUUGUAUCAUUCCCAAAUGGUGGACUUAUUGCUCCGAAGCUGAUUGAGUUUGUCAUUAAUUAUUGCCUUAAAUUGAAGUGGUUGCCUAAAAAGAUGACUUCCCUCUCAGCUUUGAAUGAUUUUGAAGUCAUAGAUUGUCCGUUGAUGGAGCCUUUUCCUGAAGAUGAAGGUGGUCUGCCUGUUAGUUUGUCAAGACUUCGAAUAUCCUAUGAUGUAUUAUUGAGGAUGAAAUGGAAUUGGCAAACACUAUCCCAUCUUACCAUUCUUCAUAUUCUUGGUAAUAAAGAAGAUAUGGAACCAUUUCCGGAGGAAGGGCUGCUGCCAACCACUAUUACCUGUCUUAGUAUUAUGUCAUUUGCGAAACUUAUAAGCCUGGACAAAAAUGGACUUAGACAACUCACCUCCUUGAAAAAACUUGAGAUCUUGGAUUGCCCUGAGUUGGAGACAUUGUCAGAAGAAGGGUUCCCAACCUCCCUCACCUCUUUGGAGAUAGAUGAUUGUCCUCUGGUGAAGAAAAAAUAUGACCCGGAGAGUGGGAAUGAAGAGUACUGGGCCAACAUUAGUCACAUACCCAAUGUCCAGUUUGAGACUAGUAUUGCAGAUGAUAGAGGAGAUUUCACAACCUCAAACAAGUAA